AUGCUGGUGUCCCUGACAGUCGGGAAGGUUGAUGCAGGCGUCGCAGUCCUUCUCACACAAGAUAAUCGACUUAUUGAGUUUCCUUCUGUCCUCCUACCUGGCGACAUCACCUCUGGUAGCAUUGUUGAUAUUACUGUAUCUCGAAACCUAGAAGCUGAGGCUGCCGGCGUAUCGGCAUUCCAAUCUCUCCAGAAACGCAUUCUUCACACAUACGGCAUCAACACUCCCGCACCUCCUGUCUUGCGCCUAAAGAAUGCGACCCAAACAUCACUCGUCCUUGAAUGGGACCCCAUCAACCUAGCCACAGCUUCCCUUAAAUCCCUCUCGUUAUAUCGCAAUGACUCCAAAGCCGGUUCGAUACCGCGACCGCUCGAAAUGCGCAGCACGAAAAUCAGCGGGCUCGCCAUUGACACCGAAUACACCUUCCACCUCGUCUUACGCACGUCUGCCGGCACAUUCAGCUCGCAAAAAUUGGUGUGUCGGACCCACAAAAUGACGGAUCUUUCAGGCAUAACUGUUACUCCUGGCAUCAUGUCCCCAGAAGUGAAGGUUUCCCUCGAGAACGCGAUCGAAAGGAUUGGCGCGAAAAUGGUGGACUCGGUACAAAUAGAUACUACGCACUUUGUAUGUGUUGAGGGGCGCGGCGCGGCAUGGGAGAAAGCCGUUGAGAUGAACAUCCCAGUAGUUCGGCCAGAAUGGGUUGAUGGCUGCGAGCGUGAGGGCACUAUUGUUAGUGUUCGCGGGUACUAUUUAAAUGCAGAUCCAAAAUUGCGGCAGAUAGGACCUGGGGUUGGUGCGCAUCAAAACCGCCAGCAUGCUAUCCUGAAUUCGUCUGGUGCCGGACAUGCGAAAUCUCAGAAUCGGGGGAGCAUAUCACAACCACUAAAUGAGACAAAACCAGAUCACACCGAGCCCCCAGUGACUCCAUUUCCGUUUGGCCCGAACAGUAGGGUUCCUAAUGGCACUGGAUCAGAUGAAGAUGAUUCUGUAAACCCACCCUCUGUCCCACCUAAAGACGGCGAGGGAAAAGAAGCCGAUUCCAUAGCUACGAGCACCGCCACUACCACUGAUCACCCGGCACCUGAAGAGGGCGAUGAUGCGAAAGAGGAAAAUAAAAACAAUAUUGAAGGCACCAAAGAUAUCCCUGGAGAGCCUGAAUCUCUCGAAUCGGAAAAGAAACAACAGCAAGAUCUACCUCUUAGGCCCUCGGAUUCUACCCCUCAGCCUAGCAAAAUCUCUACUAAAUCAAGCGGAAAUGGGUCUGAAGGAGAGAUGGAUGAAGUUCCCUUAUAA